CAGACAGCGAAAUAGCUGUGGAAGAAGUUGGAGUCUGCCACGUAAGGAAUUCUCACCAGUAAAAGUGCCUAGGCUUUGAAAUUGAUGGAAGUGUUGAUAUAAAUUUCCUGUUUUACCCAUUAAGAAAGUUUAUUAGAGUUUAUAAAAUCAUGCUGUUUUCUAUUUUAUUGAUAUUACCUUCAUUACUUGUUUUUGUAUUUGGGGGGAAACUUCCCGAAGCCGACGUGAAAAUUGAGGUGAUGCACAAACCUUUCCUGUGUUCACGUAAGACGAAAUAUGGAGACAUGGUUCUUGUUCAUUACGAAGGAUUUCUGGAGAGUAACGGCACAAUGUUUCAUUCCAGCCGGAAGCAGGGGGAUAAAAACCCUGUUUGGUUCACUCUUGGGCUCAAAGAGGUGCUUAAAGGUUGGGACAAGGGUCUGCAGAACAUGUGUGCAGGAGAGCGCAGGAAGCUGACCAUCCCUCCAUCACUCGGUUAUGGCAAGGAAGGGCAAGGUAACAUUCCUCCAAGCAGCACUUUGAUUUUUGACAUUGAGCUCCUGGAGAUCCGAAACGGUCCCAGGUCACACGAGUCCUUCAGGGAUAUGGACCUCAAUGAUGACUGGAAACUCUCCAGACAAGAGGUAAAAGAGUUCUUAAAGAAGGAGUUCGAAAAACAUGGCUACUCCCCUAAUGACACCGAACACGAAGUGAUGAUUGAUGACAUCUUUAAAAAUGAAGAUGAAGAUAAAGAUGGAUUUAUAUCUGCCAGGGAGUUCACCUCCCUGCAUGAUGAGCUCUAAAGGACUUAUAGAAACUUAGCACAAAAAGUAAGGACAUUUGUGUUUGGUAGAUUAUUUCUUUGUUGUAACAAAGCUUCUUGGCAAUAA